AUGUGGAUCAUCGUCUCAUUUUGUCACUAUCUGAGGAAGAAAUUCAUUCCGGUGCUCCGUCACUUUGUUGGAUCGAAGGGCCUGGUUAUCACCCACAAUCCGCAAGCAUAUCUCUACUCCGGAUCUCGUUUGGUUGCUCUAUUGAGCUACUACAAUGCCAAAUGGGCUUGUCCUCAUACUAAAAAAGGCCUUUCAACUCUGGAUUUGCAUUUUGGUCUUAUCUCGUGGACUCUAAUCAGGGAGUCCCAUAUGGCGUUGUCUAUUACUGAGAAUGAGUUCACUACUCAAGCAGUGGCUGUACAAGAAGCAACCCGGUUGACGCCACUGCUUGCCGAAAUUGGUAUUUGUUCCUCUUGA